AUGACCUGUGGCUUCGGAUUCCGCCCGGCAAAUUUCAGCUGCGCCUCGGCCUGCGGGCCCCGGCCCGGCCGCUGCUGCAUCACCGCCGCCCCCUACCGCGGCGUCGCCUGCUACCGCGGCCUCAGCCAGGGCUUCGGCAGCCGCAGCCUCUGCGGCGGAGGCUUCCGCGCUGGCUCCUGCGGCCGCAGCUUCGGCUACCGCUCGGGCGGCGUGUGCGGGCCCAGCGCCCCCUGCAUCACCACCGUGUCGGUCAACGAGAGCCUCCUGACGCCCCUCAACCUGGAGAUCGACCCCAACGCGCAGUGCGUGAAGCACGAGGAGAAGGAGCAGAUCAAGUGUCUCAACAGCAAGUUCGCCGCCUUCAUCGACAAGGUGCGCUUCCUGGAGCAGCAGAACAAGCUGCUGGAGACCAAGCUGCAGUUCUUCCAGAACCGCAAGUGCUGCGAGAGCAACCUGGAGCCGCUGUUUGAGGGCUACAUCGAGACGCUGCGGCGGGAGGCCGAGUGCGUGGAGGCCGACAGCGGGCGGCUGUCGUCGGAGCUCAACCACGUGCAGGAGGUGCUAGAGGGCUACAAGAAGAAGUAUGAAGAGGAAGUUGCCCUUCGGGCCACAGCAGAGAAUGAGUUUGUGGCCCUAAAGAAGGACGUGGACUGCGCCUACCUGCGCCGCUCAGAUCUGGAGGCCAACGUGGAGGCGCUGACGGAGGAGAUCGACUUCCUGCGGCAGCUGUACGAGGAGGAGAUCCGCGUGCUGCACGCCCACAUCUCUGACACCUCGGUCGUGGUCAAGAUGGACAACAGCCGGGACCUGAACAUGGACUGCGUCGUCGCCGAGAUCAAGGCUCAGUACGACGACAUCGCCACCCGCAGCCGGGCUGAGGCCGAGUCCUGGUACCGCAGCAAGUGCGAGGAGAUGAAGGCCACGGUGAUCCGGCACGGGGAGACCCUGCGCCGCACCAAGGAGGAGAUCAACGAGCUGAACCGCGUGAUCCAGAGGCUGACGGCCGAGGUGGAGAAUGCCAAGUGCCAGAACACCAAGCUGGAGGCGGCCGUGACGCAGUCUGAGCAGCAGGGCGAGGCGGCCCUGAGCGACGCCCGCUGCAAGCUGGCGGGGCUGGAGGAGGCCCUGCAGAAGGCCAAGCAGGACAUGGCGUGCCUGCUCAAGGAGUACCAGGAGGUGAUGAACUCCAAGCUGGGCCUGGACAUCGAGAUCGCCACCUACCGCCGCCUGCUGGAGGGCGAGGAGCAGAGGUUGUGUGAAGGCGUUGGUGCAGUGAAUGUCUGUGUCAGCAGCUCCCGGGGCGGGGUCGUGUGCGGGGACCUGUGCGUGUCGGGCUCCCGGCCGGUGACCGGCAGCGUGUGCAGCGCCCCCUGCACCGGCAACGUGGCGGUGAGCACCGGCCUGUGCGCACCUUGCGGCCAGCUCAACACUACCUGCGGAGGGACUUCCUUCUGCCAGGGCAGGUGUUAGGUGGCCGAGAAGAGAGCCAGAGAAGCCCCUUCUGCCUGCCAGCCGUGCCACUACGCCCACCGCAGCUGAGCACUGCUGUGUGCCUGAGCCUUCCCCCACUGUGUUCUGAGAAUACACCCCGGCUCACGCCCGCUUCUUGUCCUGCUGGAGAGGGGCCUGCCACCAGGGAAUGCCCCCAGCCCGGGGCAGCCUCCAGUCCCCUCCCCAGGGAGAGGGGCUUCCUUCCCUCCUCCCCCGGCAGGAGCUUCCCCCACUUUUCUGGCCUCUGCUCUCCCACUACCAAAUAAACUGAAG